AUGACAGGUCAGGCCCUGGGGACACCGGGUGGCCGGGACCACAACGCCGCCAUCCGCAUCAACGUGGGCGGCUUUAAGAGGCGCCUCCAGUCCGUCACCCUCUCCCGCUUCCCCGAGACGAGGCUCGCGCGCUUGCUCCACUGCCAGUCCAAAGAGUCCAUCCUGGAGCUGUGCGACGACUACGACGACACGGAGAAGGAGUUCUACUUCGACCGGAACCCGGCGCUCUUCCCUUACGUGUUGAAUUUCUACAACACGGGCCGGCUGCACGUCAUGGCCGAGUUGUGCAUCUUCUCCUUCAGCCAGGAGAUCGAGUACUGGGGCAUCAACGAGUUCUUCAUCGACUCGUGCUGCAGCAGCGCGUACCACUGCCGGAAGAUGGACCAGGACCGGGAGGACUGGGACGACCGGAGCGACGAAGGGAGCACCACGUCCUCUUUCGACGAGCUGUUGGAGUUUUACAGCGACGCUACCAAGUUUGACAAGCAGCCGCUCGGGAGCGCGCGUCGACGCGUGUGGCUGAUGCUGGACAACCCCGGCUACUCCGUGACCAGCCGUAUCAUCAGCAUCCUCUCCAUCCUCGUGGUGCUCGGCUCCAUAGUCACCAUGUGCAUGAACAGCAUGAGCGAGUUCAGCCUGCUGGACAGCGAGGGGCUCCCCGCGGAGGACCCCCGGUUCGAGACCGUGGAGCACUUUGGCAUCGGCUGGUUCACUUUUGAGCUGGUCGCCAGGUUCGCGGUGGCGCCGGACCUGCUGCACUUCUUUGAGCACCCGUUGAACGUGAUCGACCUGGUGUCCAUACUUCCGUUCUACCUGACGCUGCUCAUCAACCUGGUGGUGGAGAGCAGCCCAGCGCUGGCCAACCUGGGACGCGUCGCGCAAGUCCUGCGGCUGAUGAGGAUUUUCCGCAUCCUGAAGCUGGCGCGUCACUCCACGGGGCUGCGCUCGCUGGGGGCCACCCUCCGGAACAGUUACAAGGAGGUGGGCCUGCUGCUCCUCUACAUGGCCGUCGGGGUGUCGUUUUUCUCCGUCAUGGCUUACACGGUGGAGAAGGAGGACAGCGACGAUUUCUCCACCAUCCCGGCGUGCUGGUGGUGGGCCACCGUCAGCAUGACCACCGUCGGGUACGGGGACGUGGUGCCGGUGUCCAUAGCGGGAAAGCUGACCGCCUCCGCGUGCAUCCUGGCCGGGAUCUUAGUAGUCGUGCUCCCGAUCACGCUCAUUUUCAACAAAUUCUCUCUCUUCUACAAGAGGCAGAAACAGCUGGAGGUCGCGAUGAGGAGCUGCGACUUCGAUGAGGGAAUCAAGGAGGUGCCCUCGGUCAACCUGAGGAACUAUUACGCACACAAAGUCAAAUCUCUCAUGGCGAGCUUGUCAAACAUGAGCAGGAGUUCACCCAGUGACCACAGCCUGAACGAAUCAAUACACUGAAACCAGGGU